UACAGCAUGCCCAGGAAGCGCAAAAAGUGGAAUUACUAAAGAAGCAACAGGAAAAGAUUAUCUCUACGAACAAGAACUAAAUUAAAUAUCCGCCUCGAUGGCCACUGGCAUCGAGUUGCUAGUGGCCGCCGCCCUUUGCGCUACCUGUCCAUCGCUAAAUGAAACUCUGCCAUCGAAUCUAAUCCUGCUGGGAGAAGGUAGCAGCCUGCCAACCGAAACGCCCAUCGCUUUGGAGACCUCGGAUGCUGGACUCGAUAAUGAUGCCCCCGCGCCGACCAAGGAGCCCCCCGCAAACAAGAAGGUGGAGAAGCUUCGCGAGAUGCGCGAAUGGAUCGCUGGCAAGCAUUUGCGCAUCGGAACUCUCGAGGACUUUCCACUCAGCUACACUCAGCUCCUGGAUAACGGCACUCGAAUCGGCCGCGGAGUCUCCUUUCAGAUCAUAAAUUUCCUCAAGGAAAAGUUUAAUUUUACAUAUGAGGUCGUCACACCCCAAGACAACAUUAUCGGAUCUAUUGCUGACUUCGAUCGUAGCCUCAUUAAGAUGGUGAAUACGAGUGAAGUGGAUUUGGCUGCUGCGUUUAUACCCUCCCUUUCUGAACAGCGGACCUUUGUUUUCUACUCGAGCACGACGCUGGACGAGGGGGAAUGGAUAAUGGUGAUGCAGCGGCCCCGGGAAUCGGCCAGCGGAUCCGGACUGCUUGCACCUUUUGAAUUCUGGGUGUGGAUCCUGAUCCUCGUUUCUCUUCUAGUCGUUGGACCUAUCAUCUACGUUCUGAUCAUCCUGCGAAACCGAAUGACUGGGGAUAACCAGCAGACACCCUAUUCUUUAGGCCACUGUGCCUGGUUCGUCUACGGGGCGCUGAUGAAGCAGGGCAGCACCCUGUCGCCCAUUGCAGACUCGACCCGACUGCUCUUUGCCACCUGGUGGAUUUUCAUCACGAUAUUGACGUCCUUCUACACGGCCAACCUGACCGCCUUCCUGACCCUUUCCAAGUUCACGCUGCCCUACAACACGGUCAACGAUAUCCUCACGAAGAACAAACACUUUGUAUCUAUGCGAGGUGGCGGAGUUGAGUACGCCAUUCGAACGACUAAUGAAUCUCUAUCCAUGCUGAACCGAAUGAUCCAGAACAAUUACGCCGUUUUCUCGGACGAGACCAAAGAUAGUUACAACCUACAGAAUUAUGUGGAGAGGAAUGGCUACGUUUUCGUGAGAGAUCGACCAGCGGUCAACAUAAUGCUGUAUGAGGACUAUCUGUACCGCAAGUCCAUCAGUUUCAGCGAUGAGAAGGUCCAUUGUCCAUUUGCAACGGCCAAGCAGCCUUUCCUAAAGAAGAAGCGAACCUUUGCCUAUCCGAGAGGUUCGAAUUUAAGUCAACUAUUUGAUCCGGAGUUGCUCAGUCUGGUGGAGUCCGGUAUUAUUAAGCAUCUGUCGUCCAGGGAUCUGCCCAGCGCAGAAAUCUGUCCGCAGGAUCUCGGCGGAACAGAGCGACAGCUGAGGAACGGCGACCUGAUGAUGACCUACUACAUUAUGUUGGCCGGUUUCGCCACGGCACUGGCCGUUUUCAGCACGGAACUGGUGUUCCGGUAUAUAAACAGUCGCCAGGAGGCCAACAAGUGGGCACGCCAUGGAAUCGGUCGAACGCCCAAUGGCCAGUCGGUGGCUCCAUCACGCUGGCUACGUGGCUGGAGGCGAUUGAAUAGUAGUCACGGCCAGCAUCUGGAAGCCUCUACGCACGGCCAAAAUGUCACCCCACCGCCGCCGUACCAGAGCAUCUUCAACGGCGGAAGUCAUGGAGAGCCAGUGAAUCGAUGGCGGCGACCUCUCGGCAACGGAAAUGCCGUUGGUAAUGGUGUUCUACUAGGCGGCGAUUCUGAGGGCGGAGUCCGGCGUUUGAUCAACGGUCGCGAUUACAUGGUAUUCCGUAAUCCAAAUGGGCAGAGCCAACUCGUACCGGUGCGAUCACCCUCAGCGGCCCUCUUUCAAUACAGUUACACCGAGUAGAUAUUAGACCAUAGGCAGUGAUGGGGAAGUAUAAGAUAUGAAUGGCAAAGAUUCAUUCUUACUUACGUUUGGUUUACAGUUAUUGUUCGUUUAAAUCAAUUUAUUUAUUAGUUAUGAAUUUUUUAUAACUAACUAGAUACUCCCCAUCACUGUUCAUACGAGGUGUGUUCAAAAAGUAAGGUGACUCUUCAAAUUUCGCGAAUUUCA